AUGUCUUUCAAAGUUCUCUCUCUGCUCCUCGCUUCUCUGGGCUUUGUUUUGAUGGAAGAAAACGUCUCAGGCCUAAGUAUAAGGACUCCCAGUGCCAGACCAGUGCAAAGACGCUACUCUGAGGCCACCCUGGCAAGCGAUUACAGCCGCACGAUGGAUAACAUGCUGAAGAAGAACUUUGUGGAAUGGUUGCUAGCCAGACGGGAGAAGAAAAGCGACAACAUCAUUGAGCCAUACAAGAGGGAAGCUGAGCCCCAAGUAUCGGCUGCGAAUGGCCAAAGAUUGGACCUGGGCACCCAGGAAGCCAAAGACUUCUUCACCUGGCUUCUAAAAGCCAAGAAAAAGCAGAGUUUUACUUCUCUGGAAAGUUCAGAAGGUUUGAAGGAUGUUUUGAACCCGGAGUUUCUGGCAUGGCUGAUGUUGACUGAUCUCUGCAGACCAACGUGA